AUGAAAUCUGAGGAAGGUGAAAUGGCGGCUGUAGAUGUCGUGUAUGAGAAGAUUCACCACAGACACGAUCCGCGGUGGAGCGCGAGACAUGAAGGCGGAGCCUGGGUGGGCCUCAGGGUGUGCGUCGCGUGCGUCAUCGAGCUGAUGGACAGCCAGGACGUGUCGGUUGUGCGCAAGUCGGUGGCUCUGACGGGUGUAGGAGAGCUGCUGAAGACUGAAGGAGUGAUGAGGGAAAUCCUGCAGCAGGAUGAGAGAGUGUGUGUGCAUUUCACCUCUGCAUUACUCAAGAUGAUGCAGUGCGUGGAAGAUCCUUCUACACUAGACAAAGCCAUUCAGGUGCUGGUUCAGCUGUUGUUGGAACUGAAGACAGAGAAGUUAGUGCAACAUGUGAUGAAUGAGGUCCAAACACAGCUGUGUGAUGUGAAGUGGUUCCUGGUGUGCGUAACAUUUCUGGGUAAACUUCUGGAUGCUGUUCCUGCAGUAGCCCACAUGCUGGCCACCACACACUUGUCUGUGUUGGAGUGUGUGUGUGCACGGGCGGCGAGUGCCGAUGAGGAGCUGAAGGCGGCGGUGUGUUACAUGUUCCGUGGUGUGUGGGAUUCAGAGGUGGCGCUUCAUUCUCUGCCAGACACACUCAGAGACAGUGUGUGUGUGUUACUGCUGCAAACACUCACACAUGCCUGUUCACACCAGCUCAUCGUCAACUGCUUCGGGCUGCUGUUACUGAUGCUGUGCUCAGAAGAGACGGUGUGUUUUCUGAUGAACCGAGAAGAGACACAGCAUCCUGAACUCCAGCACUGUUCUCUACCACUCAUAUUGAAGAGGUUGUUGCUGAGUAGUGAUGAGUCUCUGCAGGUGGCCAGUGUUCAGUGUGUGUGUGCUGUACUGAAUCACUCCACUCAGUACUGCAUCUGCUUCAUCCACAACGACAUACCCGAGUUCCUGUUUGAACGCUUGAGCAGCAGUAACGACGUGCUCCUGUGGCGUGUGUACAGCUGUGUGUUGCUGCUAUGUGAAGACCCGCUGUUUUUCUCACAGGGCCACUCUAUUUACGGUAUCGAGUCUUUGGUGCGCAGUCUGAAGGUGUCACUGAAGCUGUCUAACCUGGAGGUACCGAAACAGGGACUACAGCUCCUUACAGUUAUACUGGAGAAGCAGCCAGCAGGUGUGCGUCUGUUCCCGAUUGGCCCAGCGUUUGCGGGUGUGACUGAAGUUGUGAUAGGGGGCGUGGCUUCACCCUGUCUCAGAGUAGCAACGCAGGCAGCACGAGCAGCGACUGCACUGAUGAAGAUGCAUCACCAGUCCACUCCAGUGCAUUAUGGGGAAUUGAAAAAGAUUGUGGAGGCUUUGUCAUGCAGAUUCUUGGAGUUACCCUCACGGACCAUCUCACAACGCAGAAGAUGUUUUGCCGAUUCUGAAUCCAGUUCUCAGUCCACCAAAGCAGGAGCGUUUUUAAUGCAGGCCCUGGUCUGCUUUCACGAGACGUGCAGGCUGGUGGAGGAGUGUGUGCGUGAGGCCAGUGUGAAGGACGGCCCUUUGACAGCAGCAGCAGAUCCACAGAAUGAGGACACGCUGGAGUCGGUGUGUGUGUGUUUGCUGAAGUGCUGUGAUACAGCGUACAUUCCUACAGUUACUAGAGUUUGUGAACGCACCCCCAGUCCCCGGGUUCUGCAGCUCUUCCUCUCCAUUCUCUCUGCGCAGUUCUCUCUGUCACCCUCACACAUGCCUGCCUUUGCCAACAAGCUUGCCUCGUCGGGUUUCAUUAGGCUGACUGUAGAGAACAAGGCUCUUCUGUGUUCAGGAAACAGACACGCAUCUCUAAACAUGGCUUGCUGUGGCUUUCUUCUGAAACUCUGCAUGUGUUUACUGUCUCAGCCUGAUCCAGAGACCCACAGGCACCUAGGUGUUGAGGAGGUGGAGCGUGUGUUGCGUGAGUGUUUGCCGUCUCUGUCCUAUCGCGUGGGUGAUUGGCCGUCAGUUCUGUGUGAGGUUCUGGUUGCUAAUCAGAACACACAGUACUGUUUACUGCACCUGCUCUGUCUCUCACUGAUGCAUGGCGACAGGCUGCUUCCUGAUGCCACAGUGUUCUCCAGUGUAGUACAGUUUAACAGUGCAGUGAUGGAGCAGUGUGAUACCCUUCCUCCAUCAGUACUGCAGUCUGUUCUUUAUCUCUUAUCAGAAACGCAGGAGAGCAGCUCGGAUCUAGACUGGCCUCUUCUGAAGAGCAUCAGUAAGGUCCUGUCAUCCUCACUUCCAUCCUCUUCUCCUCUGUCCGUCCCUCAUCCCUCACUCCUGCGCUUCAUCUUCCGUUACCCCGAGCUCGCUGAGCAGUUUGGGAGGACGGUUCUGACCGGGUGGCUGAAAAGAGGAUCACAGCUGACUGGGAAAGCUCUGGAUCCAGAGCAGACAGUACUAAUGGAGCUCCUAGAGAAGAACCCUUCUGUUCUGUUAACAAUGCUGGAUGUAGUGUUUGAGGAGGAGGAGGCAGUAGCUGAGCGUGUAGUGAGUGUAAUUAGGAGUUUUCUGAUGGAUCAGCAGAAUUGUAGCUCUGUUUCUCCAUCACUGCUCAAACCGUCACUACUACAGAUACUGCCCAAACUCAGCUGUGAUAGCAACACAGUGGUCCAUGGUGUGUGUCUGAUGUUGGAAGUCCUGGUUGUGGUGCAGACUAACUCUACAGUUCACACUGAUAUGGACCACACUGACUUCAAACUGCUGUAUCACAUCAGUAACCUUGUUGGAAAGACGAAGUGCAGUAACACAGAAUAUCUGCUACCGGCCUUAAACUACCUUUACUGCUGUCUGGCUGUGUCUCAUACACACAUUGCUGACCAAGCUGUAUCCAUGUUGCUGUGUAACACAGGUCUGAUGGAGUUAUUACAGACUCUGUUGGAUCUCUCUCAAUCCUCCUCAUCUUCAGCUUCAUCACCCGUCAUCUGCUGCUCCCUCCUUCUGCUCAGCUCCCUCAUUACUCUACAACACACACACUCUGCACAGGUCCAUAAGAGUGUGUGUUUAGAUUUAGAGAGUGUUUUGAGAACCCUUAUGUUCUGGAAGAGACACACUGACAGCCUGCUGCUAGCGAGUACAGUACGUCUGCUGCAGGCGGUGUUGGAUGUGGACCUGUGCUCUCCUCUAGUGUGUGUGUCCGAGUGUGGGGAGCUUCAUCCGCUCAGCUACAGAGGAGCAGUCAGCUUCACCACAGCACUGCAGAGUCUGCUGCUGCAGAAGCAGGAGAUGCUCAGUGUGUCUGUUAACUGUCUGAACUCAUUCAUAUGCUUCCUGAACAGAGGGAGACCAGCUAUGGUUCAGCAUGUGGUGUGUCAGCCCUGGAAUCGUUUCUUGCUCUACUGUCUGCUGAACUCAGGCGAAUAUCUCACACUCCACCCAGCAACACUCGACUUCCUGACUCUGCUGGUUCAUUGGUCUGGAGACACGGUGCAGUGGGAAUCAGACAUCGUGUGCGUGUGUGAAACUGCUAAGAGGAGAGGAAUGAAAGAGUUGAGCGAGAACACCAAACACACGCUUAAACGUCUACUUACUGAGUGCAGUGAGAGUUCUCUGAGUGAAGAUGUGAAACUGAGAGUGGAGAGUCUGCUGGAGUCCCUCGACCAUCUGCGCCCUUCAGAGAGCAACACCGGUUGUUUACUUCGAGUGGGAUGUUUAUCCAUCUGCCUCGCUGACUUCACUGUGAAUCACUGA